UCCGAACUAGGGGGCGAAACAAGGGAACGACGGUACGUUUGUAGACUGAUUAGAAGACAUCAUUGUCUAAGGUUAGGUCAACACUAGAUACGAUUAACAGAAGGUAAACCUGGCCAAUGAAAAGGAGCAAUUAAAAUGCAUAGAACAAUUUCAUAUAUUUCAUUAUUCUUUAGUCUCUUUAAUGUCAUGUACACAUUACAUCGACCUUAUGACCCUUUAUAAACAGUUUGCUUUUAGUUUGUUGUGUGACUGCUUUAAAUAUGCGGAUGUAUCCACUUUGACUGUUACACUUUCGCAAAUACCAACAUCUUACAAUAUACAAAUUUCAGUUACAUGAUAGUAUGUAUGCUAAUACACGAAAAAUGAAUAUUUUACUGUGUAUAAUAUUAUUAUUCCGACACAUAUUACAUGUAUUUGCAUAUUCUGAGGAGCCGAAAUGUUACACAAGCUGUGACUAUCAGAUUCUGAAAACGGUUAUACAACUCGAGCAAAAGCUUAACAACAUGGAACUUAUUGUUCAGAAACAGCAAGAUGUUAUCAACAAAUUGUCAACAGUCGAGCAUGGAGCUGUUUACGUCAGAUGGGGCCGCAAUAUUUGCCCGGAUGGUUCGAGUCUUGUUUACAAUGGGUAUACUGCAGGGAAACAUUAUAACAAGAAAGGGAGUGGAGGCGAUACAAUAUGUCUGCCUAGUAAUCCAUCCUGGUCAAACUACACUGGAAAAAGUAGUCCAAAAGGACUUAUUUACGGUACGGAGAUUGAUUUGAAGGACCCCAGCGGGAUAUUUCCGUAUUCAGUUAAUGAACAAGAUAUGCCUUGCGUAGUCUGCAGGUCUCAAAGGUCUGCGAUUCUGAUGGUGCCAGCACAAAACAAUUGCUUCUCAGGAUGGCAUGUUGAGUACACAGGAUACCUAAUGGCAGGAAUGGAUGAUAGACUUGGGUCAUAUAACCAUAUCUGCAUGGACAGCCAGCCGGAAUUUAUACCAAAUGGAUCAGGCAAUAAUAAUCAACAUAUUUUAUAUCUUGUGCAAGCACAAUGUGGAUCAUUGCCGUGCCCGCCAUACGUUCAAGGACGAGAGCUUGCGUGUGUCGUCUGCUCGAAAUGAGUUUGCUAUGAUUUAGCUUGAUUGCGUUUAUAGUAUAAUAUGAUUUUUGAUUAACCAUUUCAACAGGAUUUUAGGUGACUCAGAUUUUGUUAAUAUUUCUUAGGAUUUCGGUACAGAGAAUCCAUUCAAUUUUUCUGUAUAAAACAGUUCCGUUAAAGAGGGUGCGAUGCGUUUUUCACGUUUCUUUUACUCUCAUUAACAGAUCCAGUCUAAGCGAGUGUGCUGUACUUUUGCCUGAUUACGUUCUAUGUUCCAGGAGAAUAUAUCAAUAGGUUUGAAGUGUUUUGAUAUACUGCAUGCUUUUUGUGUGAAAAGACUUCGUCCAUUCUAUGAUAUUUUAUACACAUCUUCUUGGGAUCUUAUUAAUAUUGUCGUGACGUCAAGACAUCUAUGUUGAAAAAAUGCCAAAUAAUUUCUAUGAAAUUUCCAGAUUUCUUUUACAUUUUAUUCGUGCGGAGCGUAGAUCUAUUUCUUUAUGUUCGUGUAGGUAUUUAUGUACAUCUGUAUCUUUAUUAAAAUUUAUUUUGCAAAGAAUUUCCGAUUAUUUAUAAUUCUUAUUCUUUCGCACUCAAGUGUAUUUCCGUACCAAUGAAAAAUAAAAAUGAUAUUUUCACUGUAUCUCACGGAAAACCAUUUACGCUCUAGUAGGCAUAGUGCUAUGUGCCUAUGUCAGUCUUACAAUUUGGAAUAGCUUAAGAUAGAUGAGAAGAACAGAAGAAAGUGAAAGCAUUAUUUAAAGUUCAUAUACAAAAAGUGAACAGUUACAAUGUUGUUUGAAGAUUUUACCAGUUGUAGCUCUGGUGACCAUAUCUUCAACGAAUAAGUAUUAGCAGGGCUUUACCAAAGAAGCAUUUACGUAAAAUAAUUUCAAAACCCAGACAGUAGUUUCUUAAAGUAGAUUUCUUAAGUUCCCACUAUAUAUUUAUACAGCAAAAAUGGCAUUUACGGUUGAGCAUUAGUGCCAGGUGUAUGUUAUUCAUUAGCGUGAAAUUUCGUGAUACUUGCUCUACAUUUCGUGUUACAAGAUCGAAAAAUUGAGCUACUUGUCUUUAAACGUCUUGUUACUUACUCAAACUAUCGAGUUAAUAAUACCAUAGUGCACGUAAAUGUAAAUGUGACAAGAAAGUAAAGACAUAAUGUAUCCUCCGACAACCUCAAUUCGUCCACUUCCUGUUUUCGUCCGGCCCCGGAAUGUUUUACAUAUUUUGCUAAUUUGCAUAAAGCGGAUGUGCGCACCUGCCGGAUGUUUACAGUGGAUACACAGCUGUCAACAUUACGUUUGUUGGGACAAAAAUGGAAAUAAGACAGCAAAAUAACCCUGUCAGAGGUCCAUACAGGCUGUAUGAUGCCAACAGACUGACUGAUGCAUAUAAUGCAGUACAAGAAGGCACCAUGACAAUCAGAAGAGCUUGUAAAGUCUUUGCAGUCCCCAAGUCUACUCUGUGUGACAGACUGCAUGGCAAAAUUGACAUUGAUGUUGUACAGUCAGGAACUCCUCCUCUUUUCAGUCAGGAACAGGAAGCUUUUCUUGCAAAUCAUGUAAAGGUCAUGGCUGAUGUGGGCUAUGGAUACAGCCGUCAGGAAACAAUAAAUCUGGCUAGUGACUAUGCUAUUCAUCUAGGACUCAGAGACAAGGAUCAUCCUUUAACAGACAAAUGGUUUUAUAAAUUUCUUCAGAGAUGGCCAGAUUUAAAAGUGGUAAAACCUAGGAGCCUAGAUGUAGCCAGGGCCAAGUCAGCAACAAGACUGGCUGUUGAUAACUAUUUCAGGGAGUUGGAAAAUAUUCUGGUCAAAUAUGGUUUAAAGGACAAGCCUCACCUGGUGUACAAUGUGGAUGAGAAAGGCCUAAGCACAGAACACAAGCCUCCUAAGAUAGUAUCUGGCAAUCAUCACAAGACACAAGCAGUAACAUCUGGCAAGUCAAACACAGUAACACUGAUUGGAGGAGUGAAUGCAAUUGGCCAUCAAGUUCCACCUUUUUUGUGUUUCCAGGUGCAAGGAUGCUGGAUUCUUUAUUAGCUGGUGCCAGUCCUGGUACUGAUGGAACUGUGUCACAGAGUGGCUGGUCCAACACAGAGAUUUUUUCACAGUAUAUGAAGACCCACCUGAGCAAGUACUUACCUGUGCGUGAUGAAAAUACACAUGUUCUUAUCAUGUAUGAUGGACAUAAAAGUCAUGUAUCCCUUAGUCUGAUACAGUGGGCUCUGGAUAACCGCAUUGUGUUGUUUGUCUUGCCAGCACACUGCAGCCACAUACUACAGCCACUGGAUGUGAGUUGCUUUGGGCCAUUUGAGCUAGCCUGGAAUUCCGCCUGUCAUAAUUACCUACGGGAAUCAGGGGGGUGUCUUGUUACACGUUAUGAUGUGUGUAAGUUAGCCUGCAGAGUUUACAGCAGCACCAUUACACCUAGUAACAUCAUGUCAGCCUUCAAGAAGUGUGGGGUAUUUCCUUUCAACCCUGAUGUUGUUGAUGACAUCCAAGUAGCCCCUUCCACCACUUUUGAUAGGAACACCUUUGAAGAAGUAGCACCAGUUUCAAGUACAGAGAGUCUGUUCAACAACCAGUGUCAUCUGUAUCGAAUCCAGAAAAAUUUCUCCUGCAGAAGGGUGGUAAAGUUCUUGAAAAUGUCCAGAAAGCUAAAAAACCUAGAAACACUAUCAGUAAAAUAAUUGGUGGAAAAGCUAUAACAGAGGAAAAUAUGUUUGAAAAAAUUAAGGAUCAUGUAGAAAAGUAUCCUACCACUAACAAAAAGGUCAGCUCCAAGAAGAUCACAGUGCCACCUACAAGUGAACCAGGUCCAUCAGGUGUGAAACGGCCAAAGCCAAUUCCCAAGGAAGACUUUGACUCUGACACUGAUGAGGAGGAUGUGCAAGAUAGUGACAAAUGCAUAAUUUGUAAACGCCAUUCACCUGAUAUAACAAAGAGGCCACAUCUUAUCAUUGUUUCAUGGGCACAAUGUGAUAAGUGUCAAGGUUGGGUGCAUUUGUCUUUCUGUACCCCUGUGAGAGUGAUCAGAAGAGGUGACACAUUUAUGUGCCCUCUCUGUUCACAGUGUUAAAGCUAACUGAAACACAUAAAAACUGAAUGUAAAUAUGUUGACAGUUUGAAUUAUUAACAGUUUAUUACCCAGUUCCAGUUUUACAGUGUUCUUGUGAUUCUAAACCGUAACUUUUUAUGAGCAGUGUAAUUAUCGUAAAGUGGACGAAAAGAGGUUGUAAAAUUUUAUGAGGGGAAAAAUAGGUCAUUGCUGAUUGGAAGGAAUAUUUCAUUGUACUAUCAGGUAAAUACAUUUUUUUAAUCAUAUAUCAGUUGUAGUAAGCAUGUUCUGUUUGAUUAUUCUCAAAAAGAUUAAGAAUUUAACAUUGUUGACAAGCACUAACCGGAAGUUUCCUUAGGUGGACGAAAUGAGGUUGUACCGGGAUACAUGAACGUGUAGUUAUGGCUCCGACCAAAACUGGGUACUUCGGUAGCUCUGGAUUUUAAAAAGAGGUCAUAGGCGGUAACCUAUUGGUGUUCGGACUUCGAUUAUCUCAUUAUUCUUACCGUAUUUAGAAGGUUUUUGAUCUAGAUCAAGCUCGUACCACCAAGACAUACAAUACAUGUAAAUGUUGGUAUAUAUCCUGGAUACACUUUGAACUUUGGAGUAGCUCUAGAUGCACGGGUAGGUCAUAUAUGUACAUCGAUGUUUGGUAGUGUAUGUCCAAGUACCUACAUGCUGGGUACAAUACAUGGACGUGUAGGUAGAUGUAUCAACUUUAUACGUUUAGUAGCAGUCAACGAAGAAGCAUAUUAACAUUGUCAAUUAACGGACGGACUGAAGUUUAAAUUUUGCUGAUAAACAGGUAAGGUACUAAAUCGAAAUUUCGAGUAACGUUCGAUGUCACUACUCGAAAAUUCGACUUACCUCGAAAAUAUAAGCUCGAAAUAUUGAGUUACUAAGUCGAAAUUUCGAGUUGAUAAAUAAAAUACACUUGACACUAAUGCUCUUCCAUAUGCAACACCCUCUGAUUGUCAUUCUUUAUUCAAGCGAGAGUAAUUUAAAUCAUCUUAAUAGAGGCUUGCACAUUAAAGAUUUGUGUGAAAAUAUUAUGAAAUAAGGAAUAGAAUAUAUAACAAGAUCCUUUGAAAGCAAUGAAUGCAAACAAGCAGAAUAAUAGCAGACUCGGUUUUGACUGAGCCUGUUCAUGAGAGAUAAUGAAAUAUGCAACACCUCUCACGCCCCCUAGCACCGACUUAAGCAGAAAUCUAUUACAUAUCAAUUGAAUGGACUCUAUGAUCCCAAAGAAACAGAAAAUAUAACAACACUGAAGUCGGUUAAGGAGAAGAUGAUGUUUGAAUUUUUUUGCUCUGGCAGCCAUACAUUUUUGACAAAUCGAAAUUUUGAAUCCAACGAGGUCUUUAGCCGAGUGUAAUCCGACCUGGCAGAAUCCACUAGAGCCAAAUGCAUCAUUGCAAAUUAAAGUACUGUUUUAAUGAUCAUUUUAUUGUAUAUAUAUAUACCUAUUUCAAGUGUAAUAUCAGCAUAAACAGUUAUUAAAUAUAUAGAAAGAAGACUGAGGAAGAACUAUUUAAUCAGAGACCACAAAUUUAAAAACGUACAAGGAACUCACUGGAAAUAAGGUAAUCGUAUACCUGGGAAUUAGGUAAUGUUUAGUCCAUUCUGAUUGGUCAAUAAUAAACAAGUAAUUGUUUAACCUUUUAGUAUGCUUAGAGUAUUUUAUUAUGCAUUUCGACAAUAUUUGCUACAUUUGAGGUGUAAUGAAAAAAUAGUUUCAUGAAACGGUUUUCUUCCACAAUGUAAAUAGGGGGUCAUAUCAUUCACGCAAAAAAAUCUUACUUCAUAAUUCUGAAACUUUUAUCUCAGUUCGUAAGGAGAACUUUUUUUAUUUUGAGCACUGUUGUAACUUUAAAAUACAAUGGUAAGUAUCGUAUAUUCCCAUCAUAUUUGAAUAUGUUUUCACUUUAUUAAAAAAAAAUUCAUUGUAUGUAUUUAAUGUCACACAACUUUUCUAAUAAACCUCAUAAGCAUGAAAAUAUGUUCGAAAUGUUAAGUAUUCUCGAUAAUAUUUGAGCUGGACAUACUGUGUAAAUACUAGGUGUUUUCUUAUUCGCAUUCCUCUGUAUUAACAGUACUACAAAAUUCGCUGAAACUAAGUCGGCAAUUAGCUGACAUUUUAGUUAAUACUCAUUCAUUGUAGCUUGAAAACUUGAAACACUAGACCACCGCUCUCUUCACACUCUGCAGUGCACAUCACGAUUUUACCUAUUUCUAUGAAAUAGAAUUAGCAUUUUACACAUUUUGUUUCAGAAAACACAUAUAUUUGUACAUAUUAUACAUUUAUUGAAUGGCUUGCCGCUCAAUAGUCAAAACUAUUGAGGUUCGAAGGGAGCUCGUUAGUAAGCGUUUUAUUACACGACAUCAGUUUUCACUUAAAUCCAGUAAAAUUUAGUGUUGAACUAUAGACAGGUCAAUAACACAAACUAUUGCCCGGCGAUUUAUAUUAGGAGUCAUGUAAUAAGUAAUUUUGUUAUGUAUUAGAAUCAUUUUGGGCCUAUGAAGAUGCAGCAAUAUGACAGAAUCAGAUCAGACAUACAGUUUGAAUAUGCAGAAUGUAAAAUCAAGAUGGCUAUAAAUAUAUAUGUUGAUUCUCAAUUUGCAUUAGAUCAGUAUGACCAGUAGUAUCUUCUAAUUGUCCGCGAGCUAGAUACGUUCAAAAUAUUGUGGUGUUAAUUACGCUAGUAUGCACGUUACGUCUUACCGCGUUUAUGAUGUCAACGUCACUUCCGACGUUAUGAUAUGUUGUUAUUGUUAUGUACACUAUCAAGAGAUUCAGAAUACAGAUACGAACUGACACAACGCAUUUUAUUGUUUCUUUGCUGGAUCUUAUUUACACUAAUGUACUGUCACCUUACCUGCGUAUAAAGGCAGCAUUUUAUCAACACGAACAAUUAACUGUAUCUGUAUACAAGUGCUUUAAUUGUCCGGAUAUACAAAUGUAUCACAGAAAAAAAAACGGAUGUACGAUAGCAGUUUCAAAACCGUUUCCAGGCGGUCGUAAUCAUUUUUAAUCUAUUAAUUGGCUUGUCUGGUUUUUGAAAACAAAAAUAUACGAGGUAUUGCCGUCAUUGGAUCGUCGACGUCGGCGUCGGCGUUGUUUAAAACUUUUGUUUAGGUCCACCUUCUCUCAAGCACUGUAAGAGCUACAGCUUUGUAACUUUGCACACUUGUUUAUCAUCAUUAGGGUACUAUGUAGGCCAAAAACUAUAACUGUGACAUGCAUUUUUUUCUGAAAUAUCUCCCUUUUUGUACUUAUAAAAUUUGAGUUCCUUGGUCAAUGUUUUUGUUUAGGUCACAUUUCCUCAAAAACUGUAAGAGUUACAGCUUUGAAACUUUGCACACUUGUUUAUCAUUAUUAGGGGACUAAGUAAUUUAAGAACCAUAACUCUAACAUACGUUUUGUCAGAAUUAUAGCCCUUUUUGUAUUAAAAUAAAAACUGUAAUUCGUUUAUUACAUAUUGUCCAGCACUUGCAGAUAAGCAAUGGCACCCGUAGGCGGUGCUCUUGUCUAUUAAUACAUGUAAUUUCAUCUAAUAUGCAUGAGAAAUGAAGACUGUAUUAUAACCGGAUGAUUUGUAAGCAGGAAAUAGUAUGUACAAAGGCCAUGACUUUUACGUAACGUUUGCGUUAUCUGUACGAAUGGCAGACAGACUUGUUAACGUAAAAGCUUCUUCAUUUACGCAACAUCGUAACUUUCUCUUUUAUUGAACCUUUAAGCACGCAGUUAACUAUAACUUAAAAUAUGUAAGCAACGUUAAUUUAAAAAGUAACUAUUAAUGAGGGCCGCUGUGCGAAAACUAACGUUAGGGCUUUGCAGUAAGCAUGGAUCUAGAUCAGCCAGAAUAUCCGUACAGUUUGAUCUGAAACACACUGCUCGCUUAUCAGUUGCAUGAAAGUAUUGAAACUGAUAAACAAGUAGAAUGAUAGAACGAAUGUGGGGUUAAAUGAGCGGUAUGGAUGUGCAAUGAUCUGGGUCGUUGCUAGUCGCAAAGCCCUAAAGUUGGUUUACAUACAGCGGCGCUCAUUUGCUCUUUUAUCAAAAAUGGUAUACUGCGUAAGAGUUACACUUUUAAUUGGUGUCGGUGUCACGGCUUUGUGUAUGGGUUUUACCUGUUUUAUGCAGGUAACUGCAAACUUCUCAACAUCAUUUAGACGCGGAGGACAAAUUAUUUCAGACCCAAGGGACAAAAUAAUUAAUUAUUUAAUCAUUAGCACAUGAAUUUUUAAAUCAAUUUAUGGCCAUAUAUGCAGGCGGAGCAAGAGUUGGAGCGAAACUUCAACAGGAGUAUCUUGUUGGCGACGUAUCUUUUUUAAAACGAGAUUUAAAAAAUAACAUUCAUUAAACAGAAAUCACGUGCAAUACAUAUUUUACAAUGAUAAGCGACAUCGUGACAUC